UGUGAAGAGCAAAAUAAUCUCAGUUCUCAGCUCGCUAAAGGACCAGCUUUCUUCAAUGAGCAAAGAUAACAUCACCGCCCGCCACAUCCUCUCUGAGAUUGAUGCCGCAAUUCGCAAGAGCUCCGACGGCACUGACCACCUCCCGGACGACCGAUAUGUGAACCAAAUCCUCUUCCUGGUCUCCAACUCUCCCGGCUCAAUCACCUUCCUCGCAAGGCGACUCUCGGAAAUACUCGAGACCUCUCGAGAUUUCCCGAGGUCGAUCAAGUUGCUUGUGCUUCUCCACCGUCUUCUUCGCGGUGGAGACCGCUUCUUUGAACAGGAUAUGAGGCUCUUGUGGUCAUCAGGAGACCUCAGGAUCAGUCCCCAGCCUUACGGUGCUACUUUCGUUAUGAAUUACUCUUUGUUCCUUCAAGAAAGAAUAGAAUGGCUUAUAAACCAAGCUGGAAAGCUGGAGCCGGUUAGAACAGGGGACCUUGAUAGCAAUGAUUGUGGGGAUAAAUCAGUUGAGCUUGUCAUAUAUAACGCAUCGAAAUGCCAAGUUUUUUUUGAUCGUGCCAUGGCUUGUCUGCCUGAAAACCUGACUAUGCAGCAGAAUCAAUUGAUUAUUUUUGUUCUGAACAUCAUAGUGAGGGAGAGUUUGCGUGUCUACGAAAGCUUUUAUGAAGGAUUUGAGAUAGUUGUUGCUUCAUUUUUUUAUCUUAAGAGACCUUCGAGGAUUUCAGCUCUUGGUAUUAUGAGAAAGGCAAUAUGGCAGACACCGAAGCUACAAGAGUUUUAUGAUUUCUGCAAGAGAGUCAUCACGGGGAAGAAAAUAGAUUUUCCAUCAAUAAGAAUUAUAACAGAAGAAGAUAUUUCGUCAAUGGAACAGUUUGCUGAUGCGAAAGAGGAGGAGAAGCAGAUGAAAAUGACCAACGCACAGGAAGAAAAUCAGGAAGUGCAGGCUUUUGAGAAAGAGUGGAGUUAUCCAUUCUCUGGAAAGCUCGAGACAACGAUAAGUACAGUAUGGGUGGAAUUCAGUGAGGGAGAAGAUGAUCUUCCCACUGAAGGCGAGAGUUCGGAGAACUAUAAAUCCAUGGUAUUGUUCUGACCCUCGCGCUAAAUCUAAUUGAUUUGCUUAAAAAAUUUUAAUUUUUCUUUGCAAUAUAUAGUGAGAUUAGAUUAUAUAUUCCUAUAGCCAUCAUGUUUUCUUUGCUUGAGCUUGUUAUGCCACGGUUUAUGUGCGGCGGCCUCUAAAUAAUAUUAGGGGAAUUUACAUCACCAAUUCUGACGCAUUUACA